AUGUCUCUUUUGUGUUGUGAAUCCGAGUGCGAGUGUAGGACAUAUCCGGAUGAAGUAUUAUUAAGUGAUGAUAGAGUACUUCAUAACAUGUUAAAAAUAGAAGAAAGGUAUUGUCCGAACAGUUCUUAUUUCGAUUGCAUACAAGAGGAAAUAACUCCAGCAAUGAGAAAGACUGUUGCUGAAUGGAUGCUGGAGGUUUGCGAAGCGGAAAAAUGCGAACAAGAUGUUUUCCCAUUAGCUAUGAAUUAUUUAGAUCGUUUUCUAUCAAUCUGCCAAAUAAAAAAAUCACAACUACAAUUAUUAGGUUCGACGUGUCUUUUACUAUCGAGUAAAAUCAGGGCUACCAAACCCCUACAUCCGGCUCAUUUAGUUUAUUAUACAGAUAAUAGCAUCACGAGGGAAGACCUUUGGAUGUGGGAAUUGUUGGUGUUAACAAAUUUAAAAUGGGAUAUAUCUUCGGUAACGGCUCAGGAUUUUAUUAAUCACAUACUUAGGAAAAUACCAGUCGACCAAACCACUUGCAAUUGUCAAAUGUUAAUAAGACACACACAAACGUUCAUCGCUUUAUGUGCAACAGACUUUAAAUUUUCCAUAUAUACUCCGAGUAUCAUUGCAUCGGCUAGUAUUGCAGCAUCCCUUCAGGGUUUGGAUUGGACUAAUAAAAAUAAUUGUUCCUUAUCAGAACUCCUAAAUAGAAUCCAUAGAAUAACCGGAAUCGAAAGGGAGUACCUGCAAAGUUGUAUAGACCAAAUAGAAGAAACAGUUAGAGAAGCGAUGGCACACAGAGGUUCGGGAAACGAUCUUCCGGAGAAUCCCCAAGUGAACAAAAGUCGUAAUUCAAAUUCAAAUCAUUUUUCCUCCGAUAAAUUAGCCGACUACAGCAAAGCGGAAACGCCUACCGAUGUCAGGGACGUUCAUUUUUAA